AUGAUGGCAACAAUAUUUUCGAUCACGGCCCUAAUCUCUGAUGUCUGCUAUUGGACCGUCUCCAUCUACUUUUGUCUUGCCUGUGUUGGUGUUGUGAUGCAUGCCUCUCUUGAACAACUACCUUCGGGGAUUUAUAACACGUGUUUGCACCCGUUGUACUAUGCACGACAAAAAGAAAUUUAUUGGUGUUAUCAGGUAAUAAAUUUGUUACCAUGGAGAAAUGGAAGAAUAAGUAAAUCAAAAGGCUCUUCUGAAAAGUCUGUUGUGAAUAAGAUAAUAUGUGGAAAGGAGAAUGAAAAAAAUUGCAGUAAAUCUCCUCUUUUAAACUCCUCAGAAUGGGAAAAGAAAGAAAUGAAUUCCAAUAAAUCUCCUGAAAACCCUGAAUCUGUAUGUGUCAUGGAAGAAGACCCAUAUGUUAGUAGUGGAGACGACAAGCCAGAAGUGCGUCAAAGUACAAUUGCACGUCUGCUGCUUUCAAACCGAAUGACACGGCCAGAGGUUAGUGCAGAUGUGCCAUCAACUGCUGAAGAAAGUGGUCUGAGUGAAGUGCCGACCAUUACGUUGGACGGGGACUCCUCACAGGACCAGCAAUAUGUGGUGAAUUACGAAGCUGGCAGGAGUGACUUUGACUCAGGCAGAAGUGAGUAUGACUUGAACCGGGGAGAUCUGUCACCAUUGGACGAGUACAGUGAGGACAGGUCCUCGCCUGAAAACCUGGUCACUCCGACCGGAUUCUCUAUUGCUGCUCGUCUCUACAAAUGUAGAUUUUGCAACUUUUCCACCAUGAAGUAUACCCAGCUUCAACUCCACAUGCCCAAGCAUGGUGGUGUGAAAGCCCUCAAGUGUUCCUUGUGUGAUUACUCGACAAACGACAAAAGUAAUUUUCGUAGACACAAGCGUCUUCACCUUCGGAACAAUCCUGUUAACGUACUAAAAUGUGACAAGUGCACUUAUUCCACUAUUUUACCUCGCAAAAUUCGUGAACAUUAUUGUGAGGAGCACAAAGAAGUCCCUAAUAGCACUGCAGCUGAACCGACAAUUGCUUACUCUGGUCCGACUUACGGUGAAACUCGCUUUAGCUUCAGACAUUUUGGUGUUGAUCAGAACAGUUCGACAAGCAACCCACUUGGGGUGAGUACAUUGCACACCCUAUUAACAACUGUACAGUCCCCAAAUCUUCAGUUUCGACGGUCAGGUCCUGCACCCAUUGGUAACUGCUUUGCCCAGUAUAACCAUUAUGAGACUGCAAGUCAGCAGGCCAACCAAGACACUCACCUUGCAUCGAACUAUCUUCGUUCCAUUGUGUCUUCUAUCAUCAACAGUCCGCCACCUCCACCACCCCCCCCUCCUCCGCCGCCGCCGCCACCACCACCACCACGAGUGCCUGUCACAAGCACAAUUACCUCAUCAGGUCUUUAUUCCACUGCAGUCUCUUCAGUAACUCCUGCCCUUCCUUCAACCACGGUGCCAUCUAUUAGUCUGCCUGCAUCGACUGUCGUACUGAAUGAGACUGAUAGUACAGAAGUCAAAGUGAAAGUUGAGCCGUAUGAAUGUGAAGAGAUCUCGGAUGUGUCUAGUUCUGCUGCAGUCACUCCAAUGCGAACUGUAACCCCGGAGUGUAGUCGAGACCUUCAAAUUUCUCUCUCAACAUCAUCUCAAAGGCAGCCAUUGGAAUAUGAGACUUCUUCCACUGCUCAUUUCUCCACGUCAGUGGACGCUGGCCAGUUGACAGAAAGUGGACAGUCUAAUUUGAAUUUGGCCGAUUCUUCUAAUAGCAGACUGGAGUAUCUUCCAAAUAUUGAUGAAAAUUCUGUACCCAAUGAAAACCUUGUAGCAACGUCAUCAGUAAAGCACUACAGCGAAAGCCCCAUCCACCUUUCUUCUAAUGUAAAAAAUCUGAACGGUGAAUCUUCUGCAUCUGUGGCAAAUAGGAAUGUAACUUGUGAUAACAGCUCAGUUCUGAAAAGCUUCUCCCAAGAAGAGGUUAAUGCCUCGUCGGUGAAAACGGAAACUUCUAGUGUCGCUGUUCAGUGUGUCCUGCCCAAUGUGAAGACGGAGGGCUGUAGCAGUGGGCAGGAGACACCAGAAAGGAAACGUUGGCGGAACCAAUUCACAGAACGAGCUGUACAAUGUGAGCUGCUGCCAUCACGUAGAACUGGUUCCCGCUCCAUGUCUCUUGCCAGCGAAUCUGAGGGAAGUGAGCAACCAAGUACGGCUACAAUGACAGACAAUCGUUGCAUUCACUGUGGGGUGACCUUUGAAGAUGAAGUUCUUUUUUCUAUUCACAUUGGUUGUCAUAGUCACACAGAUCCAUUUGUGUGUAACGUUUGUGGAAAGCAGUGUUGUAAUAAAUAUGGAUUCUACUCCCAUAUCAUGCGUGGACAUCAAUAUUGA